AUGCCUUGGAGGCGUGACUCUACGUAAAGUACCGGAAGACAUCAGACACCGCGUGAUGACGACCCAGGAUGUCGUAAUAAAGAUGGCGGGCGUAGCGGUGUUAGCAGAGUUGAAGUUGAGGGAUGGACAGAGACAGAAAAUAUGCGUUCAAGUAGAAAACAAUCUGAGUUCUCUCAUCCACGGAAUAAACGAACUGAACGUGAAUGUCUCACAGCUUCUCAGCGAGCUGGUGGAGCGUGAAAAAGCCCGCGGAGACUGCGCAGAGGGUGAGGAAGACGAGGAGGAUAGUGAUGAAGAAGACGACGAGCCGGAGGAUUCUCAAUUUUCUGAGCUACAACCUCCAGCUAAAAGAUCCAAAACCUGAAACACCUGGAACACCUCAGGACACAUG